CCAAGCCCAGCCCUCCCGUAUGGAUCAAACGGCGGCGCUCCCGAUCGUUGACAUCCUCAUCGGCCUCCUUGGCAACAAGCCCGCCGCCUUCCGCGCCCCAGGCCACAAGAAGCCUGCCGCCGUCCGCCUCCCACGGCGCUUGGCGGCCCUAGGGGAGAAGAUACACGGACUCUUCUUCCACAGUGUUCAGCCUGCCGUCCGUCGACCGUCUUCUCUGGUGAUAAUAGCGCCGCCGCCGCUCCAGCUCCCCCUCCCGCUCCCCUCCCCGAAGCUACCGGAGGUGUUGGGGUCCAUCCAAGGGCUCUUCAUCCCUGGCGUUUGGCGACGGUCCCCUCAACCGCAGGCGACUGAAGCUCAAGCUCAACCUUCCCAGAAGGAGAUACUGGAAUCCAUCCAGAAACUCCUCCGCCACGUCAAGCCUGCCGUCUGCCGACCGCUCGCGCUGCCGUUGGCGGCCCACAUCGCCGGCAGCCCCGCUGCGACGGCGGCCCUCGUCGUCGGCAGCGCGGCAAUGGCUGUCUGCCAAAGAUACCGACUCGAGGUCGUGCCGUACAGUAACCGCGUCCACAUAGUCUUCCACCCCCCAGAUUACGAUCGCGAGCUCGACGAGUUCGAGUUCGCCCAUUUCAAGAAGACGAACGCCCGUAGGAUCCUCCGCCCGCGCCACUACCAGAGCGCACGCGUCCGGCGGCUCACCUCGGAGAUCGUCGGCGCCAUCGACCGCGGCCUUGCCAUCAAGAGCAAGCAGGGGAUGGCGCGCAUAGUGCGGCCACACACGAGGCAUCUCGACAAGCUCAACUGGGAGGUCGUCGUUACCAAGAAUAGGGAAUGCAAUGCGUACGUCCAUCCCGGUGGCGGCAAGAUCGUGGUCUUCGACGGGUUGCUUGAACGCUUCGAGACUGAUGAAGAGAUUGCCUACCUUAUUGCGCACGAGGUCGGGCAUGUUGUCCAGAGAUGCAACUCCGAGUGGCUAUCCAUACCAUCCCCGAGGCUAGAGAGUGAGGCAGACUACAUUGGAAUCAUGCUGCUUGCUGCGGCUGGUUUUGAUCCGCAAGUUGCCCCAAAGUUCUUUGAGAAGUUUGCAGACAUCGAAAGAAAUUCAGGAUGGCGGUUUAACUAUGACUACCGAUGCCCUAUUCAUCCUCCAAGUAAGAAAAGGUCGCAGCUUUUAUCACAACCCGCGGUUAUGGGGGAGGCGAUGCAGUUAUAUAGACAAGUCACGGCCAAACAAGGACAGGAGAAGAUUUCGUCUAACAGUGGAACUUUGUCGCUUGCAUAGACUGAUAGACAUGGUAUCGAUGAUUAUGUCUAUGUGGACUAUGAUCUAUGUCAAAACUACGGUGUUGAAUAUAAAUUCAAUACCAAGUACUCCCUCUAUAAAGAAAUAUAAAAUCGUUUAAAUCACGAACGAUCUUAUAUUUCUUUACAGAGGUGGACUGCGCAA